UAAGAAACUGACUUUUCAAAUAAUAUUAUAGAGAUAUUAUAAAAUAAUUAAAAAUUUGAAAAAUAUAUAGAAUAAUUAAAACAUGUUUUUUUAUUUGGCGUCGUGACGAAUAUCACGCAAUAAAUCUUAGGUGAUAGUGAUAUAUCAAUAUAUUUCUCUGUUUUUUUCUUAGUUAACUAUUUCUCUGUUUUAUAUAGAAACUAAUGCAAUAUAUUCAUGUCCUGCUUUGUUCUCUUUACGUACAAAAAUAUAAGUGCUAUCCAAAAGUUUUGUUAGUACAACAAUAUUAUAUGCCAGGUAUGGGAUCCUCCCCCUAUAAAAUAGAGUCGUGAGCACGAUCAGAUGCACAAAUCACUAAUAACCUUCAAUAAACACUUAUAAACAAGACUUCUGAUUGAAACCAACUUUCAAAAUAAGAAAUGGAGAUGUUCUUAAUUUCUCUAUGUCUAGCAACCUUAUUGGCCUUUCUCUUCCUAAAGCGACUCCUUAAACGAACAACCACCACCAAACUUAACCCACCACCGUCUCCGUGGCGGCUUCCCAUCAUCGGAAACUUCCACCAGCUUAGUCUCUCCCCUCACCGCUCCUUUCGUUCCCUUAGCCUCCGCUAUGGGCCACUCAUGCUCCUUCAUUUUGGCCGUGUCCCCGUCCUUGUGGUCUCCUCUGCUGAAGUAGCUCAUGACGUUAUGAAAACACACGAUCGUAUAUUCGCCAACCGCCCUAUAACCAAAGCUAUGGAGAAAGUUGUGAGAGGUGGGCGAGAUAUUGUCUUUGCCCCCUAUGGCGAAUAUUGGAGGAAUAUGAAGAGUUUAUGCAUAGUGCAUCUUCUGACCAACAAAAUGGUUCGGUCCUUUCACAAAGAGAGAGAAGAAGAGAUUAAUAUUCUGAUGGAAAAGUUGGAGCAAGCAAGUUCAUCUUCUUCUACAGUAAACCUUAGCCAAUUUUUUAUCACCCUAACAAGCGAUGUAAUGAGUAAAGUUGCCUUGGGAAGAAAAUAUAGUAGUGACGAAGGCACAGUGGAUAUCAAGACCGUAGUGAGGACGUUUUCUCGGGUAUUUGGCACAUUCCCUGUAGCGGAAUACAUUCCUAGUUUGGCAUGGAUAGAUUGGAUACGCAGAUUGGACGGUAAAGCAGAAGAAGUAAGUAAAACAUUCGAUGACUUUCUGGAAAAGGUGGUGCAAGAACAUGAUUUAGAUGUAGAUAAGAAAAAAUCAGGUUUUGUUGAUAGGUUGUUAUCGAUUCAAAGAGAGCAGACGACGCCCUUCGUUUUUGAUAGAAGCGACAUAAAAUUAAUCAUUUUGGACAUGUUCAUAGGGGGAACGGCAACAACUUCGUCACUACUUGAAUGGACAUUGACAGAGCUUGUGAGACAUCCAGAAUGUGUGAAGAAGCUUCGAGACGAGAUUUGUUCCGUUUCAGCGCAUAAUUCAUAUGUAAACGAGGACGAUGUUGAGAAGAUGAACUACUUAAAUGCUAUAGUCAAGGAGACACUUCGUUUACAUCCGCCACUUUCAAUAAUAGUCCCCCGACUAUUAAGCGAAGAUGUCAGAUUAAGAGGAUAUGAUAUUGCUGCAGGCACACAGGUGAUGAUUAAUGCGUGGGCAAUCCAACGAGAUAAAGCAACAUGGGGACCAGAUGCAGAAGAAUUUAAGCCAGAGAGACAUUUAAAUUCAUCUUUGGAUUUUCAAGGACAAGAUUAUAAAUUUAUUCCCUUUGGAUCAGGUAGAAGACUAUGUCCUGGAAUCAGAUUGGCAUUGGUAUUGGUUGAAGUGACAGUAGCAAACCUUGUGAAACGGUUUGACUGGAGAGUCCAGGUCGGACCUUAUGGAGUUGAUAAGCUUGAUCUAGCCGAGGCAGCUGGUAUAGAGGCAUGUCGCAAAUACCCUCUUAUUGUCUUUCCAACUUCUGUUGUGUUCCCCAUUUAAACUUUUUCUGCAACUCGUGCUCGUUUUUGUUACCCGUCUCUUGACUCUAUUAAUGUACGAGUGACUUUGCAUUAUAGAUUUCUGUUUUGUU